UCGACUAUAUAUCUCCCUCCCUAUCUCUCUCUCUGCCAUUCAUAGGUGGACUGUUUUAAUUCAAUCGCACACACAUAUAUAUUACACCUACUAAUAGUUCAACACUGCCAGUUUCGAUCAUUCGCUGGCAGAAGUUUCACACAUUCAUCAGGCCACCCUUGAAGCCGUCCCCACUCACCAACCUCGACAUGAACACAAACACGUGCUGCUGCUGCUGCUGAUCAAUUCCCCCACCAAACGAAAGGAGAAGAAGCAGAAGACGAACAAAAUCUGUCAUUCAUCAACACGACCAUCGAGCAAGUGGCCCAAAGAAUCACACAGCCAUGAUGCAACAGCGACGAUCAGUUCUGGAGCAGAGCGGCACACAGGCGCUGCUCGAAGCCAUGGGGAAAGGAAAGCUGCAUUUGGCGCGUUUCAUCCUCGACGCGUUGGACCGCAGGAUCGUGGACGCCCAGGUGGCCUCUGGCCAGACCCUGCUCACCCACGCCGCCUCGGCGUUGGACUCGGGCCGGGCCGCCUUUCUCCGUCUUCUUCUCGACUCGGGCGCGGACGUGAACGCGCAGGACAGCGAGGGUCGCACCGCGCUCAGUCACGCCAGCGAGAGGGGGCACAUGGACGCAGUGCGCCUGUUGGUGCAGCGCGGGGCCGACCCUCGCGUCUCCGACCACGGCGGCCGCAGCCCCAUCGCGCACGCCAGCAGGGCCGGCCAGAGGGACGUGCUCCAGUUUCUGCUCAGAGCCUUCAAGAGGUUCGGUCUGCAGGAGCAGCAAAGCGUGGCCGCGGGGCCAAGGCGAUGCGCGCCGGCGGGCGCGGACGGGAGCGAGGCGGAGACAUCGUCCGGGUUUGGUGCAGACGCGGACGAAGAGAAGAGCGAGAUGGGAUGUGAUGAUGAUGAUGAUGACGACGAUGUGGACGAUGGACGAGAGCUGAGAGAGUUGGGCGCCUUCGUGAAUGCGAGCAAGAGGCGCUAUGACGACGAAGAAGGGGACGAGGAUGCGUACAUGGAGCUGGACACGAACACGAGCCCGUGUUCUUACUUCAGUGCAGGCGAUGUUCGAGCAGACAAGUGA